UUGACUUCUGCCCCAGGCCUUUAGUCGGAUCAAGGUGAACAUGCUCCCGUUUCGACAGCUCUGAAGAAGACUUUAUUUCGUCUUUGUAUUUGUUGAUCUUGAUUUGAAGGAAAGGCUUCAUGAUGAACAAACGACAAGGGCGAGCCAUGAGCCAGAUGCCAAACUGUUACUAUGAGGGAUACCUGGAGAAGAGGUCAUUUAAAGAUAAGAAAGGUCGCAAACUGUGGACGCGCCUGUGUGGGAACACACUUUUCUUCUUCAAUGACAAGAGAGACACUGAGUACAUUGAAAAGCUGGAUCUCAGCGGGCUGAUUUCAAUCACGGAUGACAACACGGUGGAUUGUAACCUGGAUGUAGCCAGACUGAACCUCCUGAUCAAAGAUAACGACAUUGGAUUUUCUGCUCCAAAUGCAGAGGUUCGGGAGCUUUGGAAAGGCUUCAUUCAAUCUGUGGCUGAGCUGUCAGUUUCUUCCGCUCUCAACCUGCUGCCGGGACAAAUGCUCAUGCUGGAAGAGGUUGUGAAAAAAGAAAAAGAAAGACUAGAAACUAUCCAACAACGUUCUCCGAGCCCAUGUCUCAAACCCAAAGAAGACAUGCCAGAGUGUUUCCACCCAGUGUCUCGCACGGAAGCAGAGCUUCUUCUUGAGAGAGAGGCCGACAGAGGAAAUAUGCUGCUCAGGCCCAGCAGGGACGGCAACGCCUUCGCUAUCAGCACCAGAGAAGAACUCAAUGGGCCCAUAUACAAGCAUUACCGUGUGAGCAAACAUGAAAACUGCUGCACCAUCGAUUUGGACAAUCCUGUCUCCUGUACUUCACUAUCCGACGUCAUCGAGUACUUCAUGGACACCACAGAGGGUGCUCUGAUUGCUCUAUCCAGGGAGGAAACCUAUGAGCAGAACAUCUCUUAUAUUGGCUUUGAUAAUGAAAAUGGAGAGAGGACUGUGCGGGAUGCUUCCACAGAUGUCACCCCGCCUAGUUUACCAGCCAAACCAGCACUGCCAAGAGUGCCGAGUGAAGAAAAAGAAAAUGUCUAUGUGAAUGAUCAUGAGAAGAAAGAUUUCACUGCCAACAAGUCGUCAGAGCCCGAAAUGAAAGUUGGGAAAUCAGAGAACGCUCCAGUUCCUGCAAGACGCAAAUUUCUGCCCUCCCAAGCCUCCAUCGCUGGGUCGACACACGGAAAAGAGCCGAAGAUGAGGAGUCAAACGGGUGCUCUGGGCCAGACCAUUUCAGAACUCAAGAUGAUGUUUGAAAGAGGACGGCAAACCUGAGAGAAGAGUCAUCCUUUACAAUAAAAUCACUGUGAACCCAUCCCCUUCUGACAACCCACCCGUCAUCAGGACAACUCCCAAGUCCCAUGGCAUUACUUUAUACGUUUGCUACUGUUGAUUGACUAUGUAUGUACAAUUGUGCCUCAUUGCUUAUACUUUUUUAUUGUAAAUAAUGGGCAAUGACUGCCAGAAGAAUGUAAAUAUAACCCUCAUGUGAAUUCCUGUACAUAGUUUUUAUACUGGAUGUAAACUGAAUAAAUACAUUUAUACA